AUGGCGCUUGAGCCGGGAUCCGGCGCUUUAGGGGGGUCGCCCGAGAGCUCGGGGCGAAACUCUCCUAUCCCUCGACAGUGGAGGAAUCAGCUCGGCGGAGAAGAAUCCCAGAUCAAAGACAAAGCAUACCGUCGGUACGCAUCGGGAGUCGAAAAAGCGCUGUCACUGUUCGAGACGGCCUUGGAAGAGUGGGCGGACUACAUAUCGUUCUUGAACAGGUUGCUCAAGGCACUGCAAGCUCGCCCCUCCUCGGUAACAGCGAUACCGCUCAAGGCGACGGUCGCAAAACGACUCUCCCAAUGUCUCAACCCUUCACUACCGUCAGGUGUUCAUCAGAAGGCUCUCGAGGUGUACAACUACAUCUUCGCGACGAUAGGAAAAGAUGGGCUCUCCCGCGACCUUCCCCUGUAUCUUCCAGGGCUUGCACCGACACUCUCCUUCGCCUCCCUGUCCGUUCGAUCGCCGUUCCUCGACCUGCUGGAGGCCUACUUUCUUCAGAUCGACCCACGAUCCCUACGGCCGGCCAUGAAGUCCAUAAUAUUAGCGCUGCUACCAGGGCUGGAGGACGAGACGAGCGAAGACUUUGACCGAACAUUGACUCUUGUUGCCAGCUUCAAGAAGGCACUCCGCCCCGAGGACAGCGAGUUGCUCUCAACGCACCACUCCUCCAGUGACGAUUUCUUCUGGCAGUGCUUCUUCCUCGCCUCCAUUACGAGCCAAAGCCGCCGUGGAGGCGCACUGGCGUAUCUCGUGCGGUUUCUGCCUGCUUUGGGUCGGUCGUCGGCCGCAAAAGGCAGGGAAGCUGGUUCGCCGCCCGCGACGCAUGACGAAAGCCCGAAGAUUUCAGCUCUCGUGACGACACCUGAGCCCGGACUGCUAGUUCGCUGCUUUGCAACCGGCUUGGCCGACGAUCAGCUGCUCAUCCAGCGAGGCUUCCUGGACCUUUUGGUGUCUCACCUGCCACUCAAUUCCACAGUCUUGCAGUCGCGUGUGAAGCCAGCCGACCUGGAGCUCCUUGUAAAAGCAGCGGCUGGUGUGGUGACGAGACGCGACAUGAGCUUAAAUCGUCGCCUCUGGACAUGGCUUCUGGGGCCUGAACCCGUCAGCAGUGAUGGAGAUCCCACGGGUGAUCUGUCAACGGCGCCCUCCGACCAACAGCAGGCAUUCCUGUCAUCAAGGACGACCUAUUUCGAAGAUUUUGGAUUGCAGCCGCUGACAAAGGCUCUGCUUCACAUGAUCAGCGGUUCGAUCCACGGCAAUGCGGUAGAGAGGGCUCGGCCGUAUAGAAUCUGCCUAUCUCUCAUGGACCGAUGGGAAAUAGGAGGUCUCAUUGUUCCCGAGGUCUUCUUGCCUGUUGUUGAGAGUGUUCGGCAAUUUCAGGACCACGCCCCCUCAAAAUCCGAGUUUUCGGAGGUGCUACGAAGCGCCAGCGUCUUCUUUGACGGCAUUGAGAGUGGCCUGAUCUACAGUGAACUAGUCGGCUUGCUGGCCCAAGCGAUCGGACCAGGGAGCCUCAGCCUGGCUGAACGGCGGGAUAAGGUAUCUUUGGUCAACUUCAUCAUCACCAACUUCAAUGUGAGGGAAGAGGAGAUGAUCACCAUACAUGCGCCUCUGACGUGCGUCGCAGCACUUGCCAUGUUGGAGGACUCCAAAGGGCGCAAAGCCAGGCUUGGACUCGUGGAAGACCAGCUGGACAAGCUGUCUGAAGACGUCCUGGGCGUCGUCGCCGCUUUGCUGGAGCUGGUGCCAGAGCGAGCGUUCCCGAGCGUUUUGGACGUCGCAGUGGGCAACAAGACCAAGGGACAGGAUGCGCCCUUGCUACCGAACACUGAAAUCCUGAAAAGAAUCCAGGCCUUCUAUGUCCAUGGUCAGGGGAACCUCGAAGGCGCAGCCAUUCCGUUUAAUGCCGUCGAGUCAGGAGAACUGCUCCUUCAAAAAGCUGUCAGCUUCAUCUGCAACGAAGCCACGGAGCACGAGUCGACGCCAGACCUGAGCAUACGGGUUCGGAUACUCAUCUUGGUUCUUCUCAAGACGCCGACAACCUACACCUUUGGCGCUACUGACCUCCUAUCCCACCUGAAGGGAAAACUUAUGCAAGAGGAAGCGUUGCAUUUCUCCUACUUCUCCUCGGUUGUCCAACUGGCUACGCAGCUGCACUCAAACGAUAGAAUCGCUGCAGAGCAUUUAUCGGGGCUGGUGGCACCCUUGGUUCGUCAUGCUUGGCAUUACCUCUCCGCGUCGGACCCAAAGUACCACGUUGAGACUGUCCGCUGUCUGUGGCAACUGCAGACAUCAUUGACACCAUCUGCCCGUGAUAUCGAGGCGUCUCUAUCAGCGGUACUAGUCGACCGCCUACUCCUCGCUCACCAACCAGUCAGCUGCGCCGCGGAGGCUGCGCGAACAUUUGGUGUUCUCUGGUCGCACACGCUUCAAGACUCGGCAUCCGAUCGACGUGGCUCGCGUACGCAGUUGCAGGAUUACCGUCCGCUUUCCCGCCUUGCCGGCAUGGACCACUACCAGGUCAUGUUGGCUCAGCCUUUAUUUCUGGUCCUGGAUGCCCUAAUCGACGACAGAACGCAGUUGUACAUGGUCGUAAAGUCAUGGCUCAAUACCAUGGUUGGCAUAGACAGGCUAUUUCUGCUUUUCGUGACCAAGAUCUCCGAGUUGCCAUUUAUCGCAUCUGUCAACGAUCAUGGAGCUGGUGAGAAGGCCACAAUUGGCAACGUUGUUUUCAAUGAGAACGACGACAUCGAGCUAUGCCUCUACUAUCUCCGAUCGCUGCAACACGUGUUGCGGUGUACCGGCGAAGUGACGCGAGCCGUUCUUGCUUCGAAGUAUCUGUACUUCGGCGGAGGGGAGGUUCACUUACGAGCUGGCGCCGAGGACAACGAGAUGACGCUUCAAGAAUAUCUCGUCCGUGUUUGCCUGCAAUGCAUUACAGCAGAUGUUGCCAACCGUUCCAGCGUCGAGCUGGUGGACCGCGUGUCUCAACUUCACCGCUACGCCCUGGCGAUUCUUCACCAGUUCCUGUCGAGCCGAUAUGCUACCUCUUUGAGCGGUCUCCAGCUCGACGGCAUCCUUAUUGACAGGCUCUUGAAGUCUAUAGGCGAGUCGGAUCCGUAUGUCCAGGUCUUGCUUCUAGACGUCAUUUACGACGUCCUCAAACUUCAGGACAUGGCACCAGCGGAGAUACCAACUUCGCCGAUGUUAGAAAAGACGCCCCCGAGUUUGGAUCGACCCCGCCCAAGUCGACAGUCGAUCUCCAUGAGCGAGAGCCGACCUAUUGCGCCUCCAAUGCCACCCCAACUACUCAAGUGCCUGCAGGCUGGCCUUAGUGCGGCGAGCAGUCACGCAGUGCUGGAUAGCUGGGUCGCAUUCUUGGCUGACUGUUUGCCGUUCUACUCCCAGUCCAUAUUCCAGGCCCUUAUCCCGCUGGUGGAAACGCUUUGCCGACAGAUCGGCCAAGUGUUUGCCAGCCUACGAAAUAUGUUCAAGACAGAACCGCAAGGAGAAAGUCUGAAUGAGAGCGCUCCAGAAGCAACCCUGAUAUACUUGCUGAAUGGGUUAGAGCAAGUCUUGGCCCUCGCCCACGACCAGCUGCUUGCCGCAGAAUCUCGGGCGCAGAUCGUCAAAGGGCCAGAACAACCACAGUCUCUCUUUGGCAGCAUGGUGUCUGGUGUCUUCCAGUCCGAUGGUCCUCAGGCGAGAAGUGCGACGGCAAACGAUCGUCUGACAGUGCACCUGGCUUUUCAAGACGCAAUGCGGAUAUGCUUCAGAAUCUGGUCAUGGGGCGAGGGAGAUGAAGCCAAAACACAGGAUCAGGUCUCGGCAGCAUCUUUCACAUAUACCUCAUUGCGCAUGAGGAACCGAGCAAGGCGUCUGCUCGAGCACUUGUUCGCCGCGGAGACGUUGGAGUGCUUGGAGACAGUUAUUGAUAUUUGGACGUCAGCCGAGUCGACUGGUGAGCGAGCGUUGGUAUUCAGUUUCCUAUCAGCUUUGGACGCCUGCCGCCCGCGACACUCCAUUCCGGCCCUCUUCAAUUCCAUCUACAGCCGAACCAAUCCAGGGGCCUUGGAGCCUUCGCGCAAGUCCACCAUGACCAUUUCGUUGCAAGAUUCGGAUCUUGUUGCCUUCCUUGUCGAAUAUGCUCGCUCACUUGACGACGAUGCUAUGGACGAGAUUUGGCAGGACUGCAUGACAUUCCUCAAGGACCUACUCGGCAAUCCCUUCCCUCAUCGGCAAACACUGCCCAGUUUGCUCGAGUUUGCCGCGAUCCUGGGUGAGAAGGUGGAUAACACGACCUUUGGAGAGCAGCGACGAAUGCGUCGGGAGCUGGGCGACCUAUUCCUCCGGCUCCUUGCCGCGCUCUUCACUACGCGCCCCAUUACCUUCUCCGAACCAACGCAUUCUAACGGCACGCCAGAGAAAGCUGGGCGGGAUGGGGGCCACAAGCGAGCCCCGAAUAGCGACGGUCCAGAAGGCGUGGUAGCAGUCCUCGCGUCUGUUGCACCAAAUCUGCCAAAGAUCUUGGUGGAGUACGAUCGGGUGCUUGCCGCUGCAAGUACGAUAUCUACGAACGUUGUAGGGCCGACAUUGCGUUCCAAAUCGUUUCCAGACACGGUCUCUUCAAGCACCAUGACGCUGCUCCGCGAGCUUUCUCGGCUGCAAAACAACCAAAAGGCGUGGAAAAAAGAUGUCGGCGAUGCUUUCAACGACCCUCGAUUUUUCGGCAUGAGACUCGACUUGGUCACCGACGACUGGCUUCCCCUGCUUAGGCAAUGGAUACUUACAGACAAGGAGAAGAUGCCCGAGAUCACCAGCCGCAUCAGCGCGCCAACCACUGCCGGUAUAGUGUUCGGCGUAGGAGCCACAUCCGCCAGGCUCGAAGCUGACCGCAAAACUCAACUAAACUUACGGAGGAUCGCCACCCUUAUCCUCGCUUCCGCUGAAGAUGCGUUUGUUACUGAUCUCGGAACAAUAUUCGACAAGCUUGUCGAGCUGAUGGCCGCUACGGCAACGUCGUCGCCUUCUUCAACAACCAGAGCCGACGUCUUCAUGGUCGUUCGCGCACUGGUUCUGAAAACGAGCCCUGUUCACCUCGCUCUACUCUGGCCGGUCGUAAACGCCGAGAUGCACGCCGCGAUUUCGUCGGUGGUGGCGCCUGAUCACAGCACCGCGUCAGACAUAUAUGUCAACACUGCCAUCUUUCAAGCCUGCAAGCUCCUGGAUCUGCUCAUCUGCGUGGCGCCGGAUGAUUUUCAGCUGCAUGAAUGGCUUUUUGUCACCGAUACCAUUGAUGCUGUCUAUCCGCCGUCAACAUAUCAGCCUAUUGCACUUGCAGACGAACUGUCUGAGGAGCUCGGGAGUUCCGGGGCUCAAGGCUCCGCACAGACGGAUACGGCAGCCCACCUGGCGGCUAGCAGUUCCCACAGGCGGCCGCUCCUAGGUUCGGCGGGCCUGGGUGACCAAGCCAGCUUCGAGCGCAGAGAUGAGCUCGUUGCAAAGGUCUUGAGACCCUUCUUCGGCCAGCUGAGCAUCUUUGCGUUUGAGAGCACGUAUGCUAUGAGCGCAGUAGACAUGGCAAGCUGUGUCCAAGAUCUAUUGAAGGAUAUUUUCGAUGAGCGAACAAUGGUUAGAGCUCUGUAA